AUGUCUAGCGAGAAUCACCAUCACUUUAAUGUUGUCAUGUCCUGCGAGGGCUGUUCUAAUGCUAUCAAAAGAGCCCUUGCAAGACUUGGUUCUGAUGUUUCUAAAGUAGAAGUUUCCUUGGAGAAACAAACUGUUGAUGUUUAUUCCAAGCUACCAUUUGAGACGAUAUUGGAAAAGAUUAAGAAGACUGGCAAAGAAGUCAAGAGCGGCGAAACUUUAUGA